UGCGUUUUUGGGGUGUGAAACCACCUCUGCGCUCUCCUCCUGCACACGGUGUGACAUCCCUGAUGGCUGAUCGAUUCAUCGGCAGCUAUUGGGGCACGGGGGCAGAUGUUUGACGUUAGAUGGCAGUAAACUGUGCACGUUCAGUCUGUGGGGGGGUGUCCAGCAUGCCCUCGGCCGUUAAUGAUGCUCAUAUCGGUCAGCCGCCCACAGGAUCCUUAUCACUCCUCAUGUCUGACACACUGACCUCAGUGACACUUUGAUGCCACACGUUGAACACGUCGCUUUCUUGCGAGGUAGCUGAGAGAAGGAGAAACCCCCUCCGACCGUCAUGGCUCCACACCCAGUGGUCCAGGCCAUCAUCGAUCUCUCUUCAGGAGCCAUCGGGGGAGCCGCCUGCGUCUUCAGCGGGCAGCCUCUGGACACGGCAAAGGUCAAGAUGCAGACUUUCCCCACCAUGUACCGGGGUUUCAUCCACUGCGUCAUGUCCACCUACAAACAAGUGGGCGUGCGCGGCCUCUACCAGGGCACCACGCCGGCGCUGGUGGCCAACAUCGCCGAGAACUCGGUGCUGUUCAUGAGCUACGGGUUCUGCCAGCAGGUCAUCCGCUUCACGGCUGGACUGCACCCCGAGGCCGUGCUCAGUGACGUGCAGAAAGCCUGCGCCGGGUCAGUGGCUUCCAUCUUCUCUUCUCUGGUCCUCUGCCCCACCGAGCUCGUCAAAUGCCGACUGCAAGCUAUGUAUGAAAUGGAGACUUCGGGCAAGAUCGCCAAGAGCCACAACACCGUGUGGUCGGUGGUCAAAUCCAUAAUGAGGAACGAGGGGCCGCAGGGCUUCUUCCAGGGCCUGACCACCACCAUAGCCAGAGAGGUGCCCGGAUACUUCUGCUUCUUUGGGGGAUAUGAGCUCUCCCGCACCGCCUUUGCCGACUACAUGAAAUGUGGGAAGGACGACAUAGGUGUGGGUCCAAUCGUGUUCAGCGGCGGUUUUGGGGGGGCGCUGCUGUGGCUGGUGGUCUAUCCGAUGGACUGCGUCAAAUCUCGGAUCCAGGUCAUGUCCAUGACGGGCAAACAGGCAGGCUUCUUCAAAACCUUCAUGACCAUCGCUCGCGCUGAAGGCGUGAGGGCGCUCUACUCCGGUCUCACCCCCACCAUGGUCCGGACCUUCCCGGCCAACGGAGCCCUGUUCCUGGGUUAUGAGGUCAGCCGGAAACUGAUGAUGAAGCAGUUCGACAGCUGAACUCCUCCAUACGCCUAAACUCAGAGGAGGCGGCGGCCAUUGAGACACCAGGCAAAACGAGCACACGUAUGGGAUCUGGCUUUGGUCCUGAAACUGCCACAAGCUUCUCUUUUGAUAGUUCAGAACAAAAAAAACAGGUUGUUUACAUGUGUGUUAACCCUGAUGUUAAUUCCUUUUAGUUCUAAAUCUUUUUUUUAUACAUGUUAAUUCAGUCUAACAGAAGAAACGCGUGGGGCAGAAGAACAGACAACCUCUCCAUCAAAAACUUUCAACACUCCUGUUAUGGCUACCUCAACAGCGCUGUGUCUGCAAAUGCAUUUCUUUAUCUGCCGAAGGGCACACGAAUAAGAACAAGACUUCGUUGAGUUGUGAGGUUCUCAUUAUUGCACAAACCAUUAAACUGGAUUUUUAACCAUCCAGCGUUCAGAUUUUAUAGUUAGAAAAAUAUUAGGGGGGACUAAUUCGUAAAGGUUCCCUGAGCCGUGCUGUGGUGACUUUGUCUUUAUCAUGGAGUCAUUUGCUUCCUUAUAUGAACUCCUGUUUUUAACACAUCUCUAUUCUGCUGUAGAAUAACAGGUUUAGCUGAUAAAUGACUUCACGUCGGCUCACUGGAGACCAACCGGGUCUCAGGAGAGGUGCAAAACGUCAGCGUGGUCUGAGCCAGGUUUUCCCUCGUAGUUUUUUUUGCAUUGCUUUGCCAAACUUCACUCCAUUUUUUUCUCCAUUCUCUUUGCCUUUUGGAACACUGUAUUUUUGCCUCUUCCUUGCAUAAGCUAUAGUUUUUUUUAUUGAAAAAUCGUUGGUGUGCCAAUUACCUUCUGUAUCCUUGAUUCUUUGUUCCAGCGCUUGUGUACUUUAAAAUCUGAUUUCCCAGUAGUUUUCCUUUUAAAGUAAAUAUUCAGAAAUGCCUUUUAUUGAUUAAUUGCAAAAUAUAUGAAUCAUUUGUUGAUUGGUACUAAAAUAAAUUGUGAUAACGCAAGUUACAUUAAAGAUAUCAUUGACAAAGAUGUGUCGUAUUUUAUUUACCAUCAAAGGCAGUCAUUUUCAGUGUGUUCAAAUUUGAAUAAAAAUAUAUAUUUUUAGAAAGCUUUUCAAUAAAAGGCAGCCUGUGAGGCCACCAUCUUUAACUUACUGAUCGGACAAAUGCUUUAGGCCUGUUGUUUGUUGGCUGUGGUCCAGCAGUGAUGUCUGUUUUGUGCACCUGUAAUGUUCCACUCCUGGGUCACCACUGUGUGUGUGCAUGUGGUUGUGUGUGUGUGUCUGUGUACAUUCACACUGUCAGUCUUUAUGGUGCUCAACUCCCGCCUGCACAUUGCAUUUGGCAAAGGUUCCAAAAAACAUGUUUUAUAGAUUUGUAACUUGAAACCUGUCACAUGUUAGAGUUCAGUAAGUAGGCUUUAUUUAUGUAGCACUUUUCACAGGUUUGCAAAAGUCAAAAAGGCA